AUGUCCGUUCUUCAAACAGCCUCUUCAGCAAUAUCUCCAUUUUUCAGCUCGCUCGCCUCAGCUGAAGAGCCCCCACCUAAUAAUCAAUCGGGCCCGAGGCCAACUCUGGUAAAUGAAGCAUGCAUCGAAUUCUUGAUAACCGAAAUGGUCGACUUAAUGUUUCGCACUACGGCCGACAGUGAGAAUGAUAGAGAAGCUGUGUUCUAUAAAUUGGAAUUGUUGGGCUAUCAUGUUGGACAGAGCUUGGUUGAGAGAUUUACUCGAGAUAGACAACGAUUUGUAGAUACAUUGGAUGUGGUCAAAUUUAUUUGUAAAGAAUUAUGGACUAUAGUGUUUAAGAAGCAAAUUGACAAUUUAAAGACAAAUCAUAGAGGCGUGUAUGUUUUGCAAGAUAAUAAUUUCAGAUGGUUUAUAAGAAUGUCAACUGAGGGAGGUUCCAGCGAUGCAGCAAGAAAGGCAGCUCCGUAUCUAUGGUUUCCAUGUGGACUGAUACGAGGAGCACUUGCCAAUCUGGGAGUCGUUAGCGUUGUAAUAGCCGAAACCUCGAAUCUGCCCCAAUGCACGUUUCAGAUAAAGAUAGCUAAAUCAUAG